UCAUGUUUUGUCAUCUCAUAAAUGAUAUCAGCAUCGUGUCUGUCUGUCUUCAAAAAUGGAGAACACUACAGCGAAUCAUGUAACCAUCAACAAUCCAGCUGACAUCAGUGUAAUCCUUGGCUACUUUAUGGUGGUUAUUGCAGUAGGAAUUUGGUCUACAUUUAGGACUAAUCGUGGCACAGUAGGUGGCUACUUCCUUGCAGGUCGGACCAUGGUAUGGUGGCCUGUGGGAACUUCUCUGUUCGCGAGCAACAUCGGCAGUGGUCAUUUUGUUGGUCUUGCAGGAACAGCAGCUGCAAGUGGAAUAGCUGUCGGGAGUUUUGAAUGGAAUGCAUUAUUUAUUGUUUUGUUGCUGGGCUGGGUGUUCGUCCCUGUUUAUUUAACUGCAGGGGUGAUUACAAUGCCUCAGUACCUCAAGAAAAGAUUUGGAGGGUCUAGAAUUAGCUUGUAUCUCUCUGUCAUUUCACUUUUCCUUUACAUCUUCACAAAGAUUUCCGUUGACAUGUUCUCAGGAGCAGUUUUUAUACAGCAGGCUCUUGGCUGGAAUAUCUAUGUUGCAGUGAUUGCCCUGCUCUGCAUAACAGCACUCUAUACAGUCACAGGAGGACUGGCUGCACUGAUGUAUACAGACACUGUCCAAACCUUUGUAAUCAUUGCUGGAGCCUUCGUCCUCAUGGGAUUCUCCUUCAAUGAAGUUGGAGGAUACAGUGCUUUACUGGAUAAAUAUAGUUUAUCUUUGCCAUCUCAGAGGGGUUUUAACAUCUCUGAACAGUGUUACACUCCACGCGAGGAUGCCUUUCAUUUACUUAGAGAUCCCAUGACCGGGGACCUGCCAUGGCCCGGUGUGUUAUUUGGCAUCGCAAUUAUUGGUAGCUGGUACUGGUGCACUGAUCAGGUAAUUGUGCAACGCUGUUUGGCUGCCCGUAGUCUGACGCAUGUAAAGGCUGGAUGUAUAUUGUGUGGGUACCUCAAACUACUCCCUAUGUUUCUCAUGGUGUUUCCAGGCAUGAUCAGCAGAGUGCUUUACCCUGGUAUGCAUUUUAAUAUGAACAUAUUUAAUAUGACAUGCCUUUAUAAUUACAAACUUGAUCAAGGAAUACCAAUAUCAUUUAUUUAUUUAGAUGAAGUAGGUUGUGUGGAGCCAAGCAUCUGUACGAAAGUGUGCGGCACAGAAGUUGGCUGCUCCAACAUUGCCUACCCCAAACUAGUGGUUUCUGUAAUGCCAACAGGUCUCAGAGGUUUAAUGCUGGCAGUCAUGUUGGCAGCUCUCAUGAGCUCACUAGCCUCAAUCUUUAACAGCAGUAGCACCUUGUUUACCAUGGACAUUUGGACUCGUAUUCGGCCCCAAGCUAGAGAUAAAGAGCUCAUGAUUAUAGGAAGGGUGUGGAUACUCUGCAUUGUCGCCAUUAGCAUUUGUUGGAUCCCAGUUGUCCAGGCAGCCCAGAGCGGUCAGCUGUUUGAUUAUAUUCAAUCUGUGACUAGUUACUUAGCUCCACCUAUUGCAGCAGUCUUCUUCCUUGCCAUUUUUAUGAAGAGGGUCAAUGAGGCAGGGGCCUUCUGGGGUCUGAUGGGAGGACUGGUUAUGGGUCUGUGUCGUAUGGUUCCCGAGUUUGCAUAUGGCUCAGGAACCUGCCUUAAGCCCUCCAACUGCCCAAAACUUAUAUGUGGAGUUCAUUACCUUUACUUUGCAGUGCUGCUCUUCUUCUGCACUGCUAUCCUGGUGCUUUUUGUAAGCUACAACACUCCACCCAUAGAUGACAAACAUCUCCAUCGACUUGUCUUUACCUUACGCCAUUCUAAAGAAGAAAGGGUCGAUCUGGACUGGGAAGAGGUGGAACGAGGAAGAAAAGCUCGAAGAGAGGCAGAUGAAAAGGAAACGGUCGUAACUGAGGAGGAUCAAAUUGAACGUGGUGACCGAUCCAUAAUGAUGAUGAUUAUUGGUUGGUUUUGUGGCAUAAGUGAUACUCAGGCUCCAGAGCCCACAGAGGAGGAAGUGGCUGAAGCAUCAAAACAAUUACCUGACAUAAGUGAAGACCCACUGUGGAAGUAUUUGGUUAAUGCUAAUGCUCUGAUAAUGAUGUCUGUGGCUGUUUAUUUUUGGGGUUACUAUGCAUGAGGGCAAAACAAUGAUCAUGGUAUAUAAAUCAGUGUUUUCCAACCCUGGUCUUUGGAUCAAGAUUCUCCCUAAUGAGUGUGUCAGAUAAGAGAGACAUCCAAAGUGUGUACUGUUGGGAGCACUACAGGGUUGGGAAAAACUGAUUUAAUUUCUUUAAAUUCUUCACACAAGUCUACAGAAUCUGUUAAUCAAUGACUAUGUGAUACCAUGCGUGAAAAAAAGAAAUUUAAAUGAAUCAAUGAAAAGGCAAUUAAAUAAUUUUAGACGUAUAAUUAAAAGAAUAAUCAUUUGGAUUGCUAUGUUGGAUUUCAGUUUUAAGAUGUUAUUGACACUGUCCAACAGACAAGAUACCCCAUAUGUUUAAUGGAAUAGUAUACCCAAAAAUGAAUAUUUGGUAAAGAAUUUACUCACGCUCAGGCCUUCCAAUUCAUUGAAACAGUUUUGGAGAAUUUUAGCAUUACAUCAGUUGUUAUCAAUGGAUUGAUAGCAAUGAAAGGGUGCUGUAACAAUGAAAUUCCAAACAGCUGAUAAAAACAUCACAGUGCACAAAUGACACACACAAAUCUAGUCAAUGAAAAACUCUGUGUUUGUAAGAAACAAAUCUUGAUGGAUUUUUACAAACAUGCAGCUUUUACUUCAUAAGACGUGAAUUGAUGGACUGAAGUCUUGUAGAUCGUUUUUAUCAGAUGUCUGGGCUCCCAUUCUGACAACAUCCAUUGGAGAGCAAAGAGAUGUAAUGUUAAAUUUCUCUCAGUCUUUAAUGACAAAGAAACAAACUCAUCUACAUGAUGGAUGGCCUGAGAGUGAGUAAAUGUUCAUUUUUGGGGGUGAAAUAAUUUAAGUGUCACUUAAAUAAAAGCUUCUGUUAAAAGCUCA